UAGUAUAGAUAACAUUUUAUUGCAACUGAAUAUAUUUCUAAAUUUGUUAUUGGUUUUGUGUUAGACUGUUCUCAGCCUACUUCCUUCAUUACCAAACUGUAUUAUUUUAUUCAUGCAGAUUGAUGAUCUUACAGCAGAACUGGAAACUGCAUCUUCAAAAUGUCUGCAUCUGGAUACAAAGAAUCAAACUCUUCGACAGGAAUUAUUAUCUAUGAAAACAAUACAGAAGAAAUGUGAAAAACUACAGAAGAAUAAAACAAAGUUGGAACAAGAAGUAGUAAACCUCAAAAGUCAUAUAGAAAUGAAUAUGGUAGAACUUGGUCAAGUAGAACAGUAUAAACGGGAGAUUGAAGAAAGAGCAAGACAGGAUAUAGUAGAAAAAUUAAAAGAAGUCAAUUUAUUUUUACAGACACAAGCAGCAUCUCAAGAAAACUUAGAGCAGUUAAGGGAGAAUCAUAUUGCUUCAAUAAGAAGUCAGAUGGAACUCAGAAUUAAAGAUCUAGAAUCUGAACUGUCCAAAAUGAAAACUUCUCAAGAAGACUUUAAUAAAAUGGAGUUGGAAAAAUACAAGCAACUCUAUCUAGAAGAAUUGAAAUUUAGAAAAUCGUUGGCAACCAAACUAAGCAAAACUAAUGAGAAGCUAGCAGAGGUCAGUACCAAACUGCUUGUGGAGAAACAGCAGACCAGAUCUUUAUUCACUACUCUUGCCACGAGGCCAGUCCUAGAGUCACCUUGUGUUGGAAAUCUUAGUAAUAGUUUAGUUCUCAACAGAAAACUUAUUCCAAAAGAAAACUUAGUGAUCCCUACCUCAAGCCCACGGACUUCAAAUAACAGCAUGGAGAACUACUUGACCAAGAUGCAGCAGGAGUUGGAAAAAAACAUAACUAGAGAACUAGAAGAAGCUGCUGCUGAAUUGGAAACUGAAUCCUAUAUAGCUUCUCCUAUAGAUCUACUGACGAAUCCAAUCUAAAUCAAGAUCUAGUUUGAAAGCAU